UUCUAACAUGUGGCUGAAUUUGCGAAAUCUUGGCACGCAGUUUUCACGCUCACAUGGCCUAGUGAAACAGAAAGUUUCGCAUUUAAUGAAACGCUUGGAACACUGGAAAUACAAUCCUGUAGAAUUCUCAAGGCGUGUUUCAAGCGUAAAUCACAAAAUAUAAAGACCAGAGAACGACGAAUGACACGUUAAUCAUUUCGAGUCGAAGAACGUACGUAACAAGAACAUAGCUGCUAAUUUAUGCUAAUCCACUGUUCACACCGAUGCUCAAAGUUAUUGAGGAAACGAAGAAAACGAAGAAUUUCACCACCUGUUAUCAUAUGGAAUCUCUUGUUACGUUAAACCAUUUGCGAAAUUCGAUUUGAACAUGCCAAUUAGCAAAAUUACCUAGAUAUUUCGCGCUCCCUUCUCUCGUCCAACGUUGUUCACGUUUUAUUUCAUCGUUGUUCGUAUCUGAUAGGAAAAUUGCAUCACAAUGGUAAUUAAUGUAAUAGUAAUAUCGCGUCCAGCACAGGAUUAAGGGCAACUACGUGCCGUUUAAACGGUAUGACAAAUUAAAAUUAAUGGGAAGGCAAAAAGAAACAUAAAAAUCGUAUGCGGUGAUAUAUAUUGAUUGAUAACAUUUAAAUGAAUUGAUACGAAAAUGGUCGAACAAUUUACCCCAACGUGGUCGCAAAUGUCUGCACAGCAGUGGGACUACGCGAAUCUGCAGAGGUCGGACGAGGACAAAGAAAAGCAAGUGAUACUUAGGAGGAAUUCGGCCGCCCCACUCGUAACAACUACGAAAACCGUUUUCUUUUUGUACUCGAGUUCCGUGGCAAUCUCGAAUUAGUCUUGCAACUGCCGUUUAUCGUAUUCGGUCUCCGUGAAAUUCUUGCAGCAUCGUGCAUCAAUGCUACCACGUGGAACGCUUUACUAUCUUCAAUAUGCCACACCAAAAGAUGGCCGAGGGUUUCACAAAACGCCCCACCACGAUGAUUUUUCGCUUAAGUAUGCCACUUAUGCGCCAGGAUCGUUUAGUCCAAAACUAUCAACCACUACUCUACUUACGACUACUUCAAUCACGUAACGGUAAAAAAAGAACGAUAACAGGAAAAAUAGUGAAAAUACAGGUGUAUAGCUUCACUAUCGUACAUUAAACGUUCGGACAUUCCAAAUUAUCGCUGAUAUAGAAAACGAUACGAUAUACCAGAUGAUUCAGAAGUUGCUAAAGUUCUUUGUGUUUAUGCUACACUGUAUCGUGACGCCAAUUUUAAAGCUGCAAUACUUUAAGAAGCGGAAACAAAUACCAGCGAUCAAGAAUCGGUUGUUGUUGAUUUCAGCGACAGAAAUUGCGCGACAGAUUCGCAAGAAAGAGAUCAGCAGCGAGGAAGUGGUAAGAGCCUAUGUGGAGAGAUGCACAGACGUAAAUCCUGUGAUAAACGCUAUCGUCGAGUCGCGUUUCAGCGCAGCCAUUCAGGAAGCGCAGGAAGUUGACAAGCUCUUAGCGAGCACCACGAAAACCGAGAAGGAACUUGCUUGUGAGACGCCUCUUCUUGGCGUACCCAUAACUGUGAAAGAAAGUUUCGCCGUCGAAGGAAUGUCGUAUAUGGCCGGCGUGAAGAAAAAAUUUCCACAGAAAGCGACUAAAAACGCAGUAGUUGUUAGUAUAUUACGCAAGGCUGGCGCUAUUGUCCUUCUCGUCAGUAAUACUCCCGAGCUAUGUCUGAACUGGGAAACUAGCAACAAAGUUACUGGUACUACUAGAAACCCUUAUGACACCAACAAGACACCCGGUGGCUCUUCCGGUGGCGAGGCAGCACUAAUAAGCUCCGCCGCCUCCAUCGCGGGCAUCGCGUCGGAUGUUGCAGGUUCGGCGAGGCUUCCGGCCAUGUUCUGCGGUAUUUUCGGUCACAGACCCACGUCCGGUCUGAUCUCUAUAGAGGGCCAUAAACCAUAUUCCAGUGAUGAAUCAUUUGCCCUGUACUGUACACCAGGAACGAUGGUCAGAUACGCCGAGGAUUUGUCUCUUAUGAUGAAGAUAAUGUGUCAAUCGGAAGAGAUGCGGAAGAAGUUCGAGCAGAAGGUAUGUUUGAAAGACAUGAAAUUCUUUUACCUGGAGAACUGCUACCCGGUAUCGGACUCUAUAAGCAAAGAUGUAAAACAGGCGAUGAAGAAGCUGAGGACACACAUCGAAACGACGUACGGUUUCAAAGUAGAAAAGGCACAAUUACCUGCCAUGAAAUUUGCGCUUGACAUGACAGCGCUCCUACUGUUGAUAAAUCUCGACGACAUCAACGAUGAUAUUAAAUGCGCGGGAUCGAGUAGAUGUCUGUUUGAAGAAUUGAAAGCCAUUUGUGGCAUGUCGCAGAAUAUGUUGUCUACAAUUACGUAUAUUGUCAUGAAAUGGGUAUAUCAUAAAGUACCAGAGAGUUAUCAGCGCAAAAUGUCCGCUAAGAAGGACGAGUUAAAGAAACAACUCGAGGAGCUACUAGGUGAUAACGGCGUACUGAUAUUCCCAACGUUCAUAUCAUCAGCCUAUUACUUCAACGAAACCUACACGAAUGUCUUGAAUUUCAUGCAUUUGACAGUCGCUAAUGUACUAGGAAUACCAGCGACACAUUGUACGAUGGGGCUCAACAAACGGGGUUUACCUGUUGGCUUUCAAGUCAUGGCAAACGCGGGCAACGAUCAUCUUACGAUUGCAGUGGCUAAAGAGAUCGACGAAACCUUCGGUGGUUGGCAGCCGCCACCGAUGACCGAGCUGCAAGUUUGAUUUUCUCUUUGGUCAAGACGAUAAAGACUUUAAUAUGAGGAUCCAUCGCGACAAAUCGAGUGUAUUCGACGUGAUACGAUCGGCGAAGAAACUACGGUAACAAACGUGUGCUUCUUCGUUCAAACGACGAACAAUUGCGAUACCUCAAACAUGAAUGAAUCUACGAUAGAAAUUAAGACGUGCAAUAAAUAUAGGCUGUUUUUGUAACACGUGGGGAUUGGUCAGUUUGGUCUCUACGCUGAAAUAGCUUAAGAAUAAGUCGAAUUUACAAUAGUUGGGAAAAAUAUUAUGAAUAAAUAAUGAAAUAAAAAUUUGACCUUCGAUCGUUGUUAGUUUCUCAAUCAUCAUGCGCGCCAGUUUAAAAAGUUAUUAAACUGUUCAAAAAGUUAACGAACAAUCAGAAGAAUUGGAGUAAAAAGUAUUACGUUUGUAUUUCAGGAUUCUGUACGUACAUCCGCAAAAAGAUUCAGUCUCAUGUAACUGAUAGCUGAUCUAAAUAAAAUUUCUAAAAAUAAUUUGCAUUUAU